UUGAACCGUACGCAUGCUACAUAUCCAGCAGGCCGUCUCCGUAGCUUCAUUUACGAGCUAUAUUAUGCCAGAAACAUGUGGAGUGUUUGUGGAGAGAAGGAUCAACAUAUAAAAGGUCAAGACACUCGCCGAAACACUGACUUGAGCACAUAGCGUGUAGAAUACCACCAACCAGCCCAGUAUGAAGCAUUCAGUCGUCUUCUCACUUUUGUAUAGUGCUGUUCUUGCGGCGCCUAUAUUGGAGGAGCGCCAGGCAACAUGCAACGUCCCCACAACGUUCCCGUCGACCACAAACUCCAAGCUACCCAACCCUUUCAAGUUUUUCGACGGAAGGUCCGUCACGACCAAAGACGACUUUGCGUGCAAAAACAGAGAGGUCAGCGCAGCUCUGCAGGCCCAAGAACUUGGUGAUUUCCCCAAGAAGCCUUCCACUGUCACUGCAAGCUUUUCAGGCUCCUCGCUCUCGAUUACUUCGACCGAGGCUGGGAAAUCCGUCUCCUUUUCUGUUUCCAUCAAGAAGCCCAGUGGAAACGGACCAUUCCCAGCCAUCAUCGCCUACGGUGCUGCCAGUAUCCCAAUUCCGAGCGAAGUAGCGACCAUCACUUUCAACAACGAUGAAGUUGCCCAGCAGUCGGGCCAGAGCAGCCGUGGAAAGGGCAAGUUCUACGAUCUGUACGGCUCGAGCCACAGUGCCGGUGCCCUGACUGCGUGGGCGUGGGGAGUGGACCGAAUCAUGGAUGCUCUCGAGGCUACUCCUGCUGCGGGCAUUGACCCCAAGCGCGUUGGUGUGACUGGAUGCUCGCGAAACGGCAAGGGUGCGUUUGUUGCGGCGGCCCUGGUGGACCGGAUUGCUCUCGGUCUGCCUCAAGAGUCUGGUGCUGGCGGUGCUGCGUGCUGGCGCAUCUCUGACUCGGAAAAGGCCAAGGGUAAGAACAUCCAGACGUCGAGCCAGAUUGUCGGCGAGAAUGUGUGGUUCUCGCCCAGAUUCAACUCAUUCAGCACUCGGUCCAGUACGCUCGCUACCGACCAUCAUCAGCUCGCGGGUAUGGUUGCGCCCCGUGGUCUGCUUGUUAUCGAGAACGAAAUCGACUGGUUGGGGCCCGUUUCCACAACCGCGUGCAUGAAGGCUGGUCGUCUCAUCUACAAGGCUCUUGGCGUGCCAGACAACAUGGGCUUUACAGGCUCGGGCAACCACAACCACUGCCAGUUCCCGUCGAGCCAGCAGGCCGACCUCAGUGCCUUCAUCAGCCGGUUCCUGCUUGGCCAGAACGCCAACACGGCCAACAUCGAAAAGGGCCCGUCUGGCGCGGAUGCUGCGACCUACAUUGACUGGACGGCGCCCACGCUCACGUAGGAUGUGUGGUCUCGUGAUGGCAAAAGGGGCGUGUGGUUUCAGGUGGCUCCGAGCGGGAUACAUGUACAUAGCAACGACUCGUAGUUGAAUGCCAAUGCUUGCAAAGCGAGCAGCCUUGUUGCACAAGCCAUGUGUCGAGGGUUGGUCAGCUGAUGCUCGUCGACUCCCGGGAUAAGCAGCAACUCUUGGCAG